GGCUCGGCACUGCUAAAGCACCAGACCUUAGAUUUAACAGCUCUGCGGCGUUAUCCAACCGACUUGCGAUCUCCCAUCCAUCUCAACCGAGUCUGAUCACCAUCACAUCUUAAUUCUGCAAUGGCCAGCCAGCUAGCUACUUGAGCUUUGGAUUGAUUAUUCUUAUCAUCAAGCAACCAUGUCCUCUGUCUUUGUACGAAGAUUUCACCGAGCUUUACCGGCUGCAGCCACAGCUGGUUCAGGGAGGGCAGUCCGUUCCCUUUGUCGACAGCCACCGUCUUUUGGAGUGAAAUUAGCCAACAACCCGCUAUUGGCCCAUACAACCAGAAACUUCUUUGACUUUGCAGUCAAGGAAGACAACCGCAUCCGAGAGAUUAUUGUAAACCCCGACAGCCUUGGAAGCAAGAUCAAGCCAGGAAAUCUUAUUGACAAGUACAACAAGAGGGCCAAGGAAACAAGGACGGUGCCUGUUGAGCUAGAAAAAGGGUACUUCUGGAUGAUCAAGGACCUCCAGGAAACCAAAGGCAAACCAACCCUCUCCAAUCCACAUCUUAUACCCGCUGAAAAGGCUCAACUCUUUCCCAGGGUCCUUGCUGGAGUUUCUACACUUGCCGGUAAAGAUGUGGAGAUUCCAGAGUUUUUCCUCAGGAGGAAUCGUUCAAGGGAUGAACAUGCACAAUGCACUCUGGUUGCAUUGAGUUGCCGAGAUCACGGGUUUCAGAGCCUGAAAACCUGGACAGAGCCAUUUCAAGAAGCGUUUCAGGACAACCCUCGAGGGGAGGUUGUUCACCUUCACAUCACAGAGGGCUGGUUCAGUGCUAGCGUUCUGGGGUCCCUAAUCACUCGCAUGGUCAGGAAUAAUACACCAGUAGAGCAUCACGACAAUACACUGAUAUGCUUACGGAAAGACCUGGAGGACUUUAGAGACGCAUUGAGAAUUCACAAUGUCAUGUGCGGGUACAUCUUUCUUCUGGACGGUAUUGGUAAAGUCAGAUUUGCUGGCAGCGGCGAAGCCUCUGAAGCUGAGAAAGUUCGUCUGGUCCAGUUUGCGCAGGACCUGACCCAGGUUAGUGGAAGAAGGAAUAAAGGCCUCGCAAAGAAGCUGCCAUCGAGAGAAGCGGAUGAUGGCGAUGAAAGCAAGUCAAAGCGAAGAAAGGCCAAGCGAAGGCCAGAUCAGUGAACCCCGUUGCGGUCAGCAGAACGCCGUUUCGUUGCCAAUCAUGGAGCUACCGGUACCGGUAUAAGCUAGCUACUAUAGGAAGGCGAUGAAUUCUUCUUUGCUACUACUUAAACCCAUACAGCUUGGACUG